GAGAAAGUCGAAGAUAAUAACAUUGAAUAUGAACAUUGUGGGGCAUUAAGAUGGGAGGAGGAAAAACCAGGACUUUGUUGCAUGAAUGGUGAAGUUAUAUUAGCACAACUUCAAGUACCACCACCAGAAAUUUAUUAUUUGCUUACAGAAAAAGAUCCAAUAUCUAAAGGUGCUCAUUAUCAUCAAAUUAGCUUAGCUUUGCCAGAACAAGGAGAAAUACCAAAAUUUUCCCAAAUAUAUUUUCAUGAUUCUAACAAUAUUGAAGCACAAAUUGAUAGAAGACAUGAUGUAAUAAAGCAAGAAUUAAACAGGGAUAUUAUAGAAAAUAUCCAAAAUGUAUUAAUAGAUUUAAAUCCUUUUGUAGACACUUAUAUAUUUGCAGGAAAUAAGAAUCUACAAGACUCUAUAUAUUAUAUUUUAAUACAUAAUAAGUAUGGCAAAGAUAUAAAACAAUAUAAUAUACCAUUGGCUAAGAAAAUAGCAGCAAUUUGUUUUUUUAAUAAAAAUAUGCAUGUAAGAGAUAUUUUUAUUGUAAGACAUAAUGAUGAAUUAGAAAGAAUAUCUUAA